AUGUGGGGAAAGGAUGUAAAAGGAGUUGACUGUGGAGACGAGGUGGCAGAGUGGCUAACGCGUGUCCUCUUCGACGGCGAAACGAGAGUUCGACUAAUGUACAAAGGGGACGUGAUGGAGGAGAGACCUGCUAAUCCGCCACAGUACUUCACCUUUCCACAGUUUCAAGAGACAGAUCGGAUGUAUUACGCCGACACCUGCGCUUACCUCGUAGCCACAACCUCUUCGUUGCAAGACCUGAACGCGCGCUUGCAAGAGCCCGUCCCGAUGAGCUGCUUUCGUCCCAACCUUGUGAUCCAGUGCGAUACGCCCUUCGAUGAGGAUGAUUGGGCCUUCCUCAAAAUCGGGGAGGUCGUGAUGAGGAGACUUAAGCCUUGUGAGAGGUGA